UUUUCAGGCGGGGAGCAAACAUGUCGAUUUCGACGAUUCGCCGGCAAGUGAAGAACGUCGCCUAUAAUUUCUCGGAUGCACAAGUAAAGGUUCGCGAAGCCACAAGCAACGAUCCAUGGGGACCAUCCACAGCGCUCAUGUCCGAAAUUGCCGACUUGACGCACAAUCCAAUGGCGUUCACUGAGAUUAUGUCAAUUGUUUGGAAGCGAUUAAAUGAUUCUGGCAAAAACUGGCGACACGUGUACAAAAGUCUGGUGCUUCUCGAUUUUCUCAUCAAAUGCGGCCACGAGAAGGUCGCGCAACAAUGCAGAGAGAACGUGUUCACCAUUGAAACACUCAAGGAUUUCCAGCAUGUGGAAGACAAUCGGGAUCAGGGCUUGAACAUUCGAGAGAAAGCAAAGCAGAUCACUUCACUGCUCUCCGACGAUGAACGCUUGAAAAACGAAAGAACACGCUUCAUCCUCACAAGAAACAAAUUCAAGCAAAACAAUCCAGGACCGGUUGGAGCGGAAAGUCGUCGCAGCAAUCGUCAUCAUGUCACCGACGCGUCUCUUGACCCCGAGUACGAAGAUGCUCGUCCAUCUACCGCCACCGAGGAAGAGAUGCAGCUUCAAAUUGCUCUUGCUCUUUCACGAGAGGAAUGCGAAAAGGCCGACGAGAUGCGCAAGAGCGAUGAUGCUCGCCUUCAAAUGGCUCUGGAAGAGUCGCAAAAGCUUCAGGAUGCCGAUCGCCUCGCAACGACCAAGCAAGGUACCGUGAGCAGCGGACAAUUAACCCAAUCCGCUCUUGACGACCUGCUUUCGUUGGGUGUUGGUGAGCUGGUCAGUGGAAACAACGAUCAACCAUCGUCAUCGUCGGCUUGGGGAAUGAAUGAUCCAUGGGGUGCUCCACAAGCUUCUGCCUCUCUCAACACAAACGAUCAAAUGUUUGCUAACUCGAUGUCCAACAACGAUCCAUGGGCUACAUCGACAGUUGCUCAACCAGUUGCCGCUACCGCUCCAAACUCUGAUCCGUUUGCUUCUUGGGAUGCACCGGCUCCAGCUGCAACUACUCCAUCAACAAUGCCAACGAGCAGUUCGUUUGAUCUUCUCGGAGGAGAUCUGCUCUCCCCAACUAACUCAUUGAGCGCCAACAUCAACACUAACAACUCCACAAAUGGUACCAGAAAGACUCCAGAAAACUUCCUUGGGGAGAACUCUAACCUUGUCAACUUGGACAACUUGCUGGGAAGCGGAACUCCAAGCACCACAGGUGGAAACCCAUUCCUUACCGGAGCCGCUCCAGCGAACGCCAAUCCAUUUGCUGCUCAACAACGAAAGUCUCCGACAUUGAAUGAGAUGCGUGCUGCUCAAGGACAGGCCCCUCCAAUUCCAUCGAUGGCUCCACGUGGGACACUUCCACAAGCCAAUCCAUUUGCAAAUCCUUUCUAAACAGUCCGGGCAAUUGGUCUUUACUGUGAAACUACCUAUUCUAAUCAGCUUUGAUAUAUUUCUGUCAAAAACGAAACUCACUCUCAUAUACACUCACCACGUUUUUCCCCCGCGCCUCCUUUACAAUUUCUUCUUCAAUUCAUGUUUGUGAAGCCCGAAGAUAAAUUAAACUUUGUAAUUUAUGAUACUUAUAUGUCGAUUAUUUGUAUAAUCUAUUUAUAUCUAUUGCAAGCCUAUCCUCCUUUUACAGCCUGUCAUUGCUUGUUUGCAUCUUCUCCAUCCCAUCCCCACUAACUUGUCAUCCUCCUUUGGCUAAACUUGACUCUUUUUUUUUGAAGUAAUUGUUGGUGACGGUUCAAACAUUUCGUCCCCACCCAUUUGCCUUCUCUUCUCCCAAAAUUUUUGGGAAUUAUUUUAUACUUUUUCUGUACAAUUUUCGUCUCCCGCAACUUGUCUUGAAUUAAACCGUUAUAAAACGAUACGAUUGAUGAAGUUGAGUUGUUCAAUUUCUUCACUCUUUUUUUCUUUUUUGGCUCCACCCUUUCCUUCAAGUUUUCCCACAUCUUUUUUUUCUUCGUGUGUAUGGUAUUUUUUGUAGCGUGUCUGAUUGAAGGAAGUCUUCUUUUUUUUUCUCUUUAUUUUCUUUGGUUGCUUCUAAAUAACAUCAUAUCAAGCAAAUGCUGUCGACUAACAGUAAUUUGGAGACAUAACAUUUUUUAGGAGAUGCAUAUGACUUCCCACAUUAAAACAAACAACAAAAUUAACACAACUUCUACUGAAAAAUAUUUUUUUUUUCAAAUGAAUAAACAAUCUUAUCAUUU